AGAUAACAGGACGUUGGUUUCCUCCUUCCUGUCCAUAAGUUCAGCGCACAUAAAGCCGCUCACAGGUAGAUCCACCCACAGAGCUGCCCAGACCUCCUCACCAUGAAGCUGCAGCUGCCCAACCCCGACCUGGACUCCAGGGUCCUGAGCCACCAGGAGCUGGAGGUGCUGGAGACCACGGAGGCUGGGGACCGCCCCAAGUGGGACAACAAGACCCAGUACAUGCUGACCUGCGUGGGCUUCUGCGUGGGGCUGGGGAACGUCUGGCGCUUCCCCUACCUGUGUCAGAGCCAUGGAGGAGGAGCGUUCAUGAUCCCCUUCCUCAUCCUGCUAGUCGUGGAGGGAAUCCCCCUGCUCUACCUGGAGUUUGCGAUUGGCCAGCGCAUAAGAAGGGGCGGUCUGGGGGUGUGGUCUACGAUCCAUCCCUAUUUGUCGGGCAUCGGCGUGGCCUCCAUGUGUGUGUCGCUGCUCAUCAGCCUCUACUACAACACCAUCAUCGCCUGGAUCCUCUGGUACCUGUUCAACUCCUUCCAGGACCCCCUGCCCUGGAGCCAGUGUCCCCUCAACGCCAACGCAACAGCCCUGCUGUCUGAGUGUGCGAGGAGCUCCUCGGUGGACUACUUCUGGUACCGGGAGACCCUGAACACCACAGCCUUCCUCGAGGACGACGGGGGGCUGCAGUGGUGGCUGGUGGUCUGCCACAUCAGCGCCUGGGCGCUGCUCUUCCUGUGCAUCAGCCGCGGCAUCGAGACCUCUGGGAAGGCGGUGUACGUGACGUCCACCCUCCCCUACCUGGUGCUCACCAUCUUCCUGAUCCGGGGACUGACCCUGAAGGGCUCUCUGGACGGGAUCAAGUUCCUCUUCACUCCCGACCUGGCGGAGCUGGCCAAGGCCUCCACCUGGCUGGACGCAGGGGCCCAGGUCUUCUACUCCUUCUCCCUGGCCUUCGGGGGCCUCAUCAGCUUCUCCAGCUACAACUCUGUUCAUAAUAACUGUGAACAGGAUGCAUUGAUCAUCUCCGCCAUCAACGGCUUCACCUCCGUGUACGCGGCCACCGUCGUCUACUCCAUCAUCGGCUUCAGGGCAACAGAGAGAUUCGACAGCUGUGUUUCCGGAAACAUUCUAGCAUUGCUGAAUGGGUUUGAACUUCCCGAAGGCAGCAUCACUGGGACCAACUACGAUCAAAUCUUCACAGAGCUAAACCAAACAAAUUCUGCACUCAUAGACACACUGAGUCUGAAAAAAUGCAGCCUGGACACGUUCCUCAGUGAGGGAGUGGAGGGAACCGGCCUAGCCUUCAUCGUGUUCACGGAGGCCAUCACCAAGAUGCCCUUCUCCCCACUGUGGGCGGUGCUCUUCUUCAUCAUGCUUUUCUGUCUGGGCCUCUCCUCCAUGUUCGGGAACAUCGAGGGGGUCCUGGUUCCCCUGCAGGACCUCAAGCUCUUCCCCAAGAAGUGGCCCAAAGAGGCCGUCACCGGUGUUACCUGUCUGCUGUGCUGUCUGCUGGGGCUGAUAUUCGUUCAGGGUUCAGGGAACUACUGGCUCUCUCUGUUCGACGGCUACGGCGGCUCCGUCUCUCUGCUGGUGGUGGCCUUCUGCGAGAUGGUCUCUGUUGUCUACAUAUACGGGAUAGACAGUUUCCUUCCUCCCAGGUUCAACGAUGACAUCGUCUUCAUGAUCGGCCACAAGCCAAACAUCUUCUGGCAGAUCAUGUGGAGGGUCAUCAGUCCGGCUGUCAUGCUCUUCAUCCUCAUCGCCUUCAUCGUGGACAAAGUCUCGGAAGACCUGAUCUACAAAUCCUGGGAUCCUGAAUCGGACGUUUUCCCUGCCCUGGUGGAAUACUCGUAUCCCUCCUGGAUCUACGCGGUCAUAAUCGCCUUAGCAGGGAUUCCCAGUCUUUUCAUACCAUGUAUCGCCAUUUUUAAAUGUCUCAGAAACCUAAAAAGGAACAAAUCAGAUAUAGAGGAGCUCCACGCUGCCAAAAUGUGAGUAGUGAGCAUCACAAGAUAUUGUGCAAAUAUUAACCUUAACUAUAAUAUACAAUUAUAUAAACCCUGUUUACAUAAUUACUAGUCAAUGGAGAGGAAUUUCUGUAAAUUCUCCUUGGAUAGUUUUUAUUUGCAUUAUCAAUGUAGCCACGAAGGCUACUCAGCUACGAUCAGAAUCAUGUUCACCCAUUGUCUCAUUAAAUGUAUGCUUGGUAACUUUGCUGCCUGAAUCUUACGGGGAUCACACUCUAAAUUUAGAUAAAAUACUUUGCUGUCCGAAGGGUCCUAAACAUAAGUGAUUCUUUAUCACCAGACCGGUGUGGAACAUACAACACGACUCUUCUGUUCCACCCUUUUCUAUUCCCACUUUCAGUAGUGCAACAACAAUACAAUGAGUUACUGGUUAAGUUGAUUAUGGUACAUAAUCAAGGUCGUACAGAGAGAUUGGAGUUGAUUCAAUACGUGGCCGAUGGUCCCUCAGCAAAGUGCCUUCCUUCCUUUAGGCUUCCUUCUUCCUUCUACCUUCCAGUAGCUGAUAAAAUCACAAUUCUCUUCCAUCCUCCUGUCUUUAUUCACACUACUUACAUUUUUUACAAGGGGCAAGAAAACCAUACAAAGGUUCUUGGUCCUUCGGAAAAAUGUGUUCAUUGAAAAAAAAGUUAAAUAUCAUGUUCAAGUUGUUACUACUGUGUAUCUUUGUGUAUUUAUUUUUCAUAAUCAAAUAAGAAUUAAUAUCACGCAACUAUAGUUUGAUAGAAAUACAAUUAAAGUUCACUUGAAACCUUCAGGUUAGAUAAAUUAU